AUGGGGAAGGAGCAGCUAACUUUGAAGAACCUUGAAGUGGCAAUCCAAGAACUUUAUCCUCAAAACCCUUAUGCUCCUGCUGCUGGAACUACUCUUCCUGGAACCACGCAGAACUGGGAACAACCCCAAAAGCCCAAGAACAGGUCAUAUGAAAAGACUUCAAGGAUAGAAAAUGGCCUUGAGCCUAUAAUGGUCAAGAACUGCAUGGAACCCUUGUCUCCUAAACUGAUAAACAGGCAUGAAGUAAAAGCUCAAACCAAGGUCAGGCAAGAGGAGAAGGUGAGAAGCAAAAAGAAAUGGUCUAGAGACAGCUGGAAUGGAGAGCAAGAUAUGAAGCCGCCUAGAAAAGCCAGAGAAAUGGAAAGGUAUUUUGACCAAGAGAGACAUCUUGAAAGCACAGCAGAGGAGAGCUCAGAGGUGAUAGUUAGAUGUGAGAAAUGCCAAAGAGAGAGGCAACUCCAGCAAAGAUUGCAGAAAGAAAGACCAGCUGAUCUUCCAUUCGAUAACAGGGAUAUGAGUAUGAAAGUGUGUCAACGAUACCAUGUGGAAAAGACUGUGAAAUUGCGAAACUGUAGGAGAUUGUCUGAAAACUCAGCAGAAGAAGAUGAAACGAUGUGGAGUGAUGCUGGUUGUCAGAGUACGUGGACAGCCCCACAAAACCAUGCCCCUGAAGAGCUGGAGAAGCCAAAGAGGAGUGUUGAGAGGCAGCAGACACUGCAGAGCCAUGAGAGUUAUGACAAAGAAUUAGGAAAGGUGAAGAUGAAGCCCAUAGAAAAUCAGCGCACCAUUGUAGGAGAUGCUUAUGAACUAAAAAAAGAGCACAGAAAAUGUUCCAGAGUGAAUCAAAGCUGUUGGUUGCUGAAGGGUUCUGAAAUGGAUGCCGAUAAGCUGCCAAAAAUCCAAGGGAAGAGAGAAGAGGUUCAGAAAUCAAAAGAGGAAACGGUUGGAGGAGAAGAGAAGGUGAGACAUGGAGAAGUUGAACGAACAAGGCAUGAAAGGGAGGGAGAAAUGAAAGGCAAAGAAGAAGAGAACAGUUCAAACAAGACCAGUGAGAAGAGGCUGAAGCAUGAUGUCCAGAGCAGAGCAGAUGUGGAGAAGUGCUAUGAGAUUGGCAGAACUAUUGGAGAUGGCAACUUUGCCGUUGUGAUGGAGUGCCGUCACCACCAGAACAAUCAGAAGUAUGCCAUGAAAAUCAUUGAUAAGUCUAAGCUGAAAGGAAAGGAAGACAUGCUAGAAAAUGAAAUUGUGAUAAUCAGGAGUCUUUUGCACCCCAACAUCGUCAGCCUGAUAGAAGUAUUUGAAACUGAGACAGAGAUCUAUCUAAUUAUGGAGUACGUUCCUGGUGGGGACCUGUUUGAUGCCAUCAUUGAGAGUGUGAAAUUCACUGAGCGCGAUGCUGCUCUCAUGAUGACUGAUUUGUGUGAAGCUCUGGUUUAUAUUCAUGGGAAGAACAUUGUCCAUAGAGAUCUCAAGCCAGAAAAUCUUCUAGUUCAGCGUAAUCCAGAUAAAACAACAACAUUGAAACUUGCAGAUUUUGGCCUUGCGAGGCAGGUGACCAGGCCUAUAUUUACUGUGUGUGGAACUCCAACUUACGUUGCCCCGGAAAUACUUGCUGAAAAUGGCUAUGGACUUGAAGUGGACUUGUGGGCUACUGGUGUAAUACUCUACAUUUUGCUUUGUGGUUUCCCUCCAUUCCGGAGUCAUGAACGAGAUCAAGAGGAGCUGUUCCAGAUCAUACAGCUUGGGCAUUAUGAAUUUCUCUCACCAUACUGGGACAACAUUUCAGCUGCUGCAAAAGACCUGAUAAGCAAACUCCUUGUGGUGGAUCCUCAAAAGCGUUACACUGCGCAGCAGGUUCUUCAGCAUCUAUGGAUCCAGACUGCUGGAAAAAACAGCAGCAGAAAUCUGCAGAGAGAGGUGACUAUCAAUCUUGAGCGCCACUUUCGGAGCCAACGCAAGAAAGAAGCGACCAGUGAAGAUUCGUAG